AUGGAAGUCCCGAGGGAGCCUCAAGGCUUGAUUUUGAGUCAACGUAAAUUUGCCCUUGAGCUCUUGGAUGAGUUUGACUGUGCUGGCCUUAGCCCUGUUUCAUCUCCUUUUGACCCCUCUUCUAAGCUUUUCUCUGGUGUUGGUGAACCCCUUUCUGACCCUACUCUUUAUCGUCGCCUCCUUGGUAAACUCAAUUUUUUGACCCACACCCGCCCGGAUCUUUCCUUUGCCGUUCAACAUCUUUCCCAAUAUAUGCAGGACCCUCGUCUCCCUCAUUUUUCCGCUGCCAAACACUGUCUUCGUUAUAUUCUCAAUGAUCCUGGUCUGGGUCUCUUUCUUACUGCUUCUUCUUCUCUCGAUCUUCUUGCUUUUUGUGACUCCGACUGGGGCUCUUGCCCAGAUUCUCGUCGCUCCGUUAGUGGCUUUUAUAUCAGUCUGGGUGGUAGCCCUGUCUCGUGGAAGUCCAAGAAACAACCUUCCGUUUCUUUAUCCUCCGCCGAGGUUGAGUAUCGCUCCAUGAGGCGUGUGGUUGCUGAGCUUACAUGGCUUGUUCGCCUCUUGGAUGACCUUUCUGUUUCUCCUUCUCUUCCUGUUCCUCUUUUUUCUGACAGUCAAGCUGCCAUUCACAUCGCCAAAAAUCCCGUUUUUCAUGAACGGACCAAGCAUGUGGAACUCGAUUGCCAUUUUGUUCGGCAACAGUUCCAAGCCGGUCUCAUUUCUCUAUCUUUUGUUCCCACUCACUCCCAAUUAGCCGAUCUCUUCACGAAACCUCUUCCUGGUCCUCAACAUCGUUCUAUCCUUGGCAAGUUGGGGGUUUUGUCUUCACCCUCCAACUUGAGGGGGGUGUUGACAGUGGUACCAGCUCUUCUAAAGAGCUAA